AGUCCGGUCACAUGUGCCACAAAAUUUGGAUGUAACUGCUUAUAACCUAAAUAGGAUAAUUUCCAAAAUGUUUACUAAAUCGCAACUGGAAGCUAUGAAAUUUAACGAACUGAGAAGGCUUGCCAAGGAGAGGAAUAUUUCCCGGCGUUGGACUUGUAAGCGUGAAGCAAUUGAUCAUCUAAUGAAUACUGUUCAGGAUGAAAACUUGGAUACGAUUACUGUGAAACUUGUAGACAGCCCAGAUUCAACCAGAAGUAGUUGUGAAUCUGAAGUUGUGUCUUUUCCAAAGCAGUCUACAGCAGAAACUGUAAGAAAAACAAGAACAAGAAGAGCACAAAGCAGGUUUCCAAAACCAAGAAUGACGGUGUUUCAGCAAGAUAAAGGUGAUUCUCCUGUUUUGAAAGCUGCAUCUUCACUUAAAAAACGUGAUAAAUAUUUUGCAGCUCCCCGUAUGCUGAGGAAGAGUGAAGCCAUUGAAAGUUUUAGCUUCAGUAUACCAGAACAUGCACCUGAUGUAGUUCCAUCAAGGAAGAAGUCACUAACUCAUGCUUUUGCUAGCACGGAAGCAAUGACAGUCAGUGGAGUGACAUUUCGUGAGAAACGAAGACCUAUAACAAGAAGUUACAAAAAUAAUUUCCCAUGUACGGAUUUAGCUGAAAGUAGUGAUGAAAAUUAUUCAGACUUUUAUUCAAGCGGGAAUGUUUGUGCAACCAGUGGAGGUAAUGAACACCACACCACAACCACAAGUACUGAGACCACUUGCUGGGCUCAACACACAAGUGCAGAUGAAUCUAGUACAAAAUGUAAUUUGAAUGAGACAUUUGAAAUAAAAAAUGAGACCAUUAAAUCAGACAACAGGUUUUCAUUAGAAGCAAGCCAGCAAGAUUUUCAACCUGACAAACUGUAUAAUUCCACUAGAAAGAAAAGAAUAACUGUUUCACCUCUCAGAAUGCAAGGACAUAGCAGGACAUCAACACCAAAAGAUGAUACAGAUGAUAAAGAAAAUGAAAUCUCAGAUUCUGAAUCAAUGAGUACCACAUUUGAAAUACCAUGUCCAAGUAAAGACAAAUUUUGUUCAUCUAAUAUUGAAAAUAUCAAAAGUGGAAGAAGGAAGAGGUCUUUUUCAUGCCCACAAGAAAGAAUAGACGAGGAAGGUCAUUCAAAGGCAGUAUUUUUCAGCCCAGUAGGAAAAUUGGUUGCACCUUCUGAAUCUCAACUUCAUCCUAAAAGAGGUACACCAUUGAAGGGUACAAAGAUACCAACAUUUGUAAAAAAGAUGCCAGAUUUCACAAACAUUCAUAAAAAAGUAUUUGAAAAAAUGGAAUCUGUUGUUGAUUGUCAUCAGAGGAAACUUGAGAGAGCCAAAAUGUUAUUCUCUCCCAAAGCUGUGAAGGAUGUGCAGCCAGUGAUGGUAUUCUCUGCCCAGUCAUCUACAGCCAAACAAAUGCUAUCAAGAAAUCCAAUGACUCAGAGAAAUGAACUUCCUGCGAACCAGGUGAUUAGGAACAUCCCACAGAAAGCUGCUGCAGAAAGGAAUAUUUUUCAGCAUCCACAACCACAUAAAGGGAGAGUGAUUCAGCAUAAUGAUAUAAAACGAAUGGUUGCAAACAAAUUGCCAUUGCAAAAGUCACGAGGAGUACGUGAAGAGUCCAGAACAGUAAUUCGUGGAGUAAGGUUGAACAGGAGAUUUGAAUUGCAGAUGGCACACAGGAAACUGAACUGAAGAUUGGAAAAUUAUGAAAGUAUUAAUGACAUUACAUUUCAAGAGAUGUUUUCAUACUGUUUUAUACUGUGACAUGGAAGGUGCAAUGCUCGGUAAACACCCCCCCCCCUUUCCAGUGGUGCAUGGACAACAU